ACUCGAGAGUUAUCUCAUCUUCGCUAAAUCCUCUCGGGCUGACGAUUUUUUUCAUCUGCACAUUAUUCUGCACCUCUUGAUGCUCAUACAAGACCAUGUCUCACCACUGGCCAUCUUGUGACACGUUUGUUGCCCUUCCCCCAGCGACACAGAAUGGUUGUGUGGUGUUCGGCAAGAACUCGGACCGGCCCCAGUCGGAGGUGCAGGAGGUGGUGUUUUAUCCCGCCAAAGAAAACACAACUAACAAGCUUCAGUGUACUUACAUCGAGAUCGACGAGGUUCCCCAGACACAUGCCGUGAUCCUCAGUAAGCCAGCGUGGAUGUGGGGUGCAGAGAUAGGGGCCAAUCAGUACGGAGUGUGCAUCGGGAAUGAAGCAGUGUGGGAUAAACUCAACAGCCCGGAGGAUCUCACAGAGAGGCUGCUUGGGAUGGAUCUCGUCAGACUUGGUCUUGAGCGAGCAAUGUCAGCACGGGAGGCAGUGGACGUGUUGACGUCGCUGCUUGACAAGUAUGGCCAAGGGGGUCCAUGCAGCGAGCAGACAGGGAUGACGGACUGGGCGUACCACAACAGCUUCCUGAUAGCUGACAGGAAGGAGGCUUGGGUGCUGGAGACUGCAGGGACAUUGUGGGCAGCCGAGCAUGUCACAGAAGGGGUAAGGAAUAUCUCUAACGAGUUCAGUAUCGGUACAAAGAUCGACCUCUGUUCCCCUAACCUUCGUGAGGAGCUCAAGACACUUGGACUGUAUGAUGGGUCUGGCGAGCUGAACUUCACAGCAGCAGUGAGUGAAGGGGGCGCCACUGCAGCUCUCUGCAAGUCGCAUCGCUACACGAGGGGAAGGAAGCUCUUACAGACACUUUCAGAAAAGGGUACCUUUGGCGCCCCAGAGAUGAUGCAGAUCCUCCGUGACGAGGACAGUGGUUUCUGUAUGACUGGUGCGUUCACCUCGACAGGAAGUCAGGUGUCAGUUCUCUCCCCUUCCGAAUCCUCCAUGCUGCCUUGUCACUGGUUUACAGCAACGCCCAACCCUCUGCGUAGCGUAUACAAGCCCUUUGUGUUCACCCCCGACACUGUUGACAUUGGUACCCAGACAAAAUCUCCUGACUACGGCCAAGAUGAUCCAGCGCGAAGAAUCCCAAGGUUUCAAGGACAAGUUAAUCGACAGCAUGAGCUACACAAGGGCCACAAGCAGUUCUGUGAACAGUUGGAUACGGAGGAUGCAAAUGCUAAGGAAGUUCUGCAGAAUCUGAAAAGCCUAGAGACGAAAUGCCUGGAGGACAUGAAAGAAAUGCUUGAACGCUUUGAUGGCAAAAAUUUCACAGAACUUGCAAGUGUUUUCCCUACUGUUGUGACACAGGAACUGAGUUUGUACAAGUAAACUUAAUUCGUAAAUGAACUCUGGUCGUCAGAACCUAAGGGUGUUGAAAUCAUUAUAAAAAGCUAAGGAGACAAUCCUAUCAACAAAGGAACCAGGUUGCCAUUGGUCAUAGAUGCCAUAAAGUACGAGGCACUUGUCUCCCCUAGCUUGCAAGAUCUCCUGAUUGUUUUGAUAUCAAGUAAAUUCAAGGUUCAUCUAAGACCUUGGAAUGAUCGGUGUGGGUUCCACCAAAAUUGUCGGCAUCUACGGCCUGUUUCACUUUGAGAUUUCUCCCCACUGCGUGUAAGAAGCUGGUUAAGUAUUGUUCAAAACAUCCUUGUUCACCAUCAAAGCGUCAGACUGCAUUACAAGAAAGUGAUUGAAAAAAGGAAGAUGUUGAUUAUUAAAGGAUCUUUAUAUUUAAUCAACAGAGACUGAAAAGUGAUGACUUUUUGAAAGACAUCUAACUGAUGUGUAUUUUUAACAGGUAUGGUAACACAGUGAUACAUUUAGAAACCUGUUUCAACUUACCCUUAUUUUUCAGGGUUAGUGAAACUUACUGACAGCUCUUGGUGGUGCUGUAGCCAUAUGAUGGUGUAUCAUAACGAAAUCCUGGUUCAUUUCCUAACAUAGGUACAACGUUUCAAGCCAAUUUCUGGUGUCCCCACGUCCGUGUUGAGAGUAGUGUCAAACAAUGUUUGCUCAUGCAGCUAUAUUUCCCCAAAUAAUUUGGAUACAGUUUAAAAUUGCUGAAGCUGAAAUAAUGAUUUCAGCAUCCUGUUAUCCAAGUCAAUCAAAAGAAAGUAACAUAUGUUAUAUUUGGGAUCUAACCCACUCAGCCAACUGGUAGUUUUACCGUAUAUUACCAUAGAUAAGCUGAUCUCACAGAUAAGCCAACCCCCUAACUUGACCCUUAAAAUCAGUAUCAAAAUGGUAUGUUUCGUACAUAAGCUGACCCCCUGCGAUGGGGUCCUAAUCGCUGCCAUCCCAGACCAAAAGACAACAGGCAGUUACCAUCUUGGAUGUAAAACGUAAGUAUGUUUGGUGAGAAUGGUAUCUUAUAGAGAUUUUAGAGACCCCUUUUGUGGGAAACUGUGUUUGUUUUCUAUUUUAUAUCAUAACGAUCACUGUUGGUAUCAACGAAGAGAUGGUAAUUUUACUUGAAAUGUUAAAAAAGAAUGUUUCUAUUAGCUGCAGGGAAAUAAUGUGUCGGUAUAUUUCGAUGAGUGGGAUAGACGGCUGACUUUGUGUGCUGGCAAUUAGGUGCCUGACUGAGAUUAUGGGUUCAAUCGGACUCAACCCCUAGAUCUGACUGGACUCAACCCUAAAAGUACUAGAAACUGAAGCCAACUUUAACCACUUUACUGAGAAAGUGUAAUCCCAAAUAUAACAUGUGUUACAUUUGACCACUUUCUAAAUGAUAUUGUGUAUUUAAAAGGAACGUAGUUUUGGAUUAAUUAAACAGCUCAACAAUUGUACAUGAAAUCUUAGGCAAAGGGAGUUCUCUUUAUGUAAUGAAAAUUAAUAUUUUAUGAAAUCCUAAUAGUCAACAGUUUGAAUGGUUUUCAACCACGACACUGUUUAUAGCCAGAUAAGAAUAUAAUUUAAGAUGGCUCUUAAUAUCUUAUUGGUUGAGAUUUCUUUAAUAAAGAUAUAUUACAUUUUAUGACCAUUUUUGUCAACUGUACGAUGCAUUUACAAGUCUUUAAAUGUGGAUGUUGAAUAUUUUUCUAUAAUAACUACUAGUCAUAAUUUAUUGUAGGAAUGAAAAUGGUAAAGAGUACCAACUGUGUGAUGUAACAAUGCACAACUGAGAUUAUUUACAAGAAUUUUGCUAUUUACAACUUUAUAGACCAAUCUUGUGACUGACCAAAGCUGUAUGCAGCUGAACUGAGGCAGGCAAUGUACCGUAGAUCGGCAUGUAUAAGGCAUGUUUUUCGUACCUAGAAUUAGAGGGGUUUGAAGGAGGGGCGCCUUAUACAAGGGGUAUGUACUAGACAGUUCUACAGUCAGACUUGUGCCAUUCACACAAAUUAACAGAAUACCCACGUGAAUGCAUCUGAGUUCAUUAGUAACAUUAAGAAUGUUAACCCAUUAUGCAUCAAAAUGCUGAAGAACAUUGCAUCUUACUUAAAAUGUUUCAUAAUUCAAUUCUUGAUUUUUUAGAAUGAAAACAUUAAUUAUUCCUGCAGAUGUGUAACCUAUAUGGAAAAAUAUGACAUUUCCCCCCAAAAUGAUGCAUCAAGGACUGCAAUGAGGUGUGUUGUUAGCAAGGAAAGAGGCAACUAGGGCUGGGAUGAGUCAGUAUUUAUUUACCCACUAACAUCCUCUAAUUACCUGACCCUACCCAUAUACCAACAUUGGGUCUCCAGUGUUUCGUAUGAAAUGGUAAGGGAUUGAUGCACCAGGGCCUUAUUGAAACUGUUCAGAUACACUUAUAAUGAUUUGAUCAUUCAUUCACUCAAGUUGAUGGAUACUUUUGUCAAUACUCAAAUGUAUAAAAGUUUGAAGGAAUGCAUGCAUGCUCAAGAGGAAUGCAUGCAUACUUGAAUGCAUACCCAAGAGAAUGCAUGCAUACUCAAGGAAUACAUUCAAACUCAAAGAAAAAGUGUGGCUUGUCGAUUUUCAGUGUAACCAUGUACUUUUACAGUUAUUAUCACUGAAUGAUAACCUCUACAUUUAGACCUAUGGCUACCCAGGGCCUCCAGUCCCGACCCUGAGAUCCCACAUUAUCCGCCCCAGCCCUGGUGGCAGACCUUGUAUCUUGUAUCAUUCAGUCUCGAGCGUUUGACACAUUUCUAGACAUUAUUAUUGGCACACUUCCACAAAGUAACUUGACAAGAUGCACUGUUUUAUUCCUGGCAGAAGAACUGACUUGAUAGGUGUCUCCUUGUGUGAAUUUCUAAGUCAUUUGUGUUGUUUGUUAUGGUUUCUUUAUGUUGUAGAGGAAAGCUUAUUUGCUUCACCGUGUAAUCUGAUUGAAAUUCUGCAAGAUCCUCUACUUAUAUUAUGGCAUUUAUAUACUGUUGUUCUAGGUAUCUUUAAAAGAUGAAAUGUUGCUAGUCGUCCCCAUAUGAAUUCAUAUAUGUUGUGUGUUAUUUUCUCCGUGUUGUAGAAGAGGACUUGGUAACUUCUUUAGCACAGACUGAAAUCCAGCGACGUCUUGUACUUAUUAAAGAUGUCACCAUACAUUCAUUUACAGCAGUGUUGGUGUACAUGGUGAUACCUCCACUGGGUGUCCCAUGGUUUUGGUGCAGUAUGGCUCACCGUAGUGUAAAACUGUUUACUUUAAUGAUGCUAAGCCAAAUUAUAUAUGUGUUUCCCAUCUCAACAUUUUACUUUGCUGUUUUGAUUUUCACCAUAGCUACUGUCACAAUCGUGGUAACGUCCAUAUUUAAUGACAUUAAUUUAAAUGUGUGUUCUUCAUUAUACAAGUCAUGAUCUUCGUUAAGAAACAUUUUACAUUCAGGAAAUAACUCUUUUCAAGGAAAGAAAAACCUGAAGCCAACAGUAUUGAAUUGGUUUAAAUUGGUAACCCAGAUAUUGGCUAUUCUGCAUCUAAUGAUCUCAAUGUGACCUUUUUGUAGUGAUCUACACAUUUCACCACUUGCAACUAGUCAUUAGGAAAGUAUUAUUUUACACUUGGUAAUCAGUGAUUCCUUCUUACUUUUAUCUAAGGUAUUCCCUACUUAAAUAUACUUUUUCAGCUUCUCUCAGGAAUUUCUCUUUAGAAUAUUUCCAAAGUAUAUUAGAAAUGUGUGUACCAGUAUUUUAUGCAAGUAUCAUUUUGACUUUAUAUUACUUAAUAUGUUUUAUGUAUCGUAUAUGUUUCGUAGACAUUUGUUGUUUCUAGUCCAUCAUAAGCCCUCCUACAAUCAAGUCUUGUGUAUAGAAUGUGGAAGGACAACUUCCAUAGGUGCUGAUGUUGAUGCUGUGCAUCCCCGUAGCUGUAGCGGCAUGAGCUCCUUCCCAGCGCAACAUCAUCGUAGCUGGGUAUCAUCGCCUUGUCAAGUGUACAAGCAGCCGUUCAAGAAUCUGGAAAUUUUCA